AGGCUUUUCUUCUCGCUUGGACCUCUUCCCAUUGCUUCAGCUUGGUGAUCAUGGAGGCCAUGCCCCUCUUCGCGAAGCCUUCUUCAACUCUCCGCUGUGUUCCGGUGCUCACUGUUGGCUUUCGUCCUCCUCCCAUGUCGUCCGUCUGUUUUAAGAAAUUGGAAUUUUGCAGGAAUGGGGAUUCUACCGCUUCUUCUGAUGAAUUGAAAGGGUUAAACGGCACCAAUGAUGGCCUUCCAACAGCUCCUAACAAUCAGAGUUCCACAAGUCCGCCCGAUCUCCGGUUUGAUAGAUUGCAAGUGGCGGAUGAUCAGGUUGAAUGUCAGUAUAGAAGAAUUUUUGGGAAUUUUUUUGCAAGAGAGGUCCUCUUUGAUGAAGAAUAUUGGGUAGUAGCUAUGUUAAGGGCAGAGUGCCAGUGGGAGGAAGACCGACCUGAUGUGGGCAAUGUUCCAUAUCUUAAGACGCAAUUUGCACAAAAGGUAUUCAAAGCGAUAAAGAUGCAAUGCACUAGUAAACUUGGUGAAAAACGCACCUGUGUUGUUGCGGUGAGAAGAAACCAAAGUAAUGACAAACAAACAGUAUUGAAAAGCAUAGUUGGGACCCUGGACAUAAGCAUGAGGCGCCUCUUCUCUGGAGAAACCUUUCCUGGGGAGAUUGUAAAGCCCCCAGUUUUCGGCAGCAGAGCACCUGGACCAGGAUAUGGGUAUAUCGCAAACUUAUAUGUUCCUAAAUCUGCACGCCGCCGAGGUGUUGCAAGCAACAUGUUGCUUUUGGCUUUAGAAAUAGCUAGAUCAAACGGUGCAAAUGAGGUGUUUGUGCAUGUGAAUAAGUAUAAUGUGGUCGCUCGGCAACUGUACGAGAAGAUUGGAUUUCAGAUUGUAGAAGCAGCAGCACAUUGCUUGUUAGUACAACAUAAUUACUUGAUGCACCUAAAGAUCUAAUCUUUCAUAGACACUGACGAUCCGGAUCAUGCAGACAUUAGAGUUGGCUAACAAAAUUCUUUUGAUUCAACGGCAUUCGGUCACCAAACUAAUGGCCACGAGAACGGACGAAAAGUGAUCACAAUUCUCCAUUGUACAGUUGAAAUCUCACGUACAUACUGUUUUGAUUUAAACUUAGAAAAUUGCAAAUUUACAUUGGUUCUCCUACCAUUUUACCCUUUUUUUUCAGAUGUAAGAUGGAGGGUAUUAUCAUUUGUGAACAUGCAUAUAUAAGUUUAAUUUUAUUUAUUGAUCAUCAAAUUACUCGCAUUCUUUAUA